GUCACUUUAUCAGUAAUCUUUAGCAUGGAUCUUCAAAUGCUGUUGCAGAUUUGCAGGUGAUGAUGAUGAUGAUGAUGAGUGGAUCUUCCCCUUCAGUGGGUUGCUGUAAUGCCUGUAGAGGAAGUGUUACCAUCGUGAUGUAUUGGUGAUAACACACACGCGUGUGCUGCGCAGGAGUGUGUGUGUGUGCUGAACGCAGUCAUGCAGCUGAUGAACUCUGCAUUCUCGGGUCCGUCCUCCCCCACGCCGGGCCCCGCGCCCCCCCGCCCGCCCCUGUGGCCCCCGCUGGACUUUGGGCUGGGCGCGCUGGCCUGCUGCGGCGCGUGUGUGUUCACCAAUCCGCUGGAGGUGGUGAAGACGCGGCUGCAGCUGCAGGGGGAGCUGCGGGCGCGGGGCUCGUACUGCCGGCUGUACCGCGGUGUCCUGCAGGCGCUGUGGGUGGUGGGCCGCACCGACGGGCUCCGGGGCCUCCAGAAGGGGCUGACGGCGGCGCUGCUGUACCAGGGGCUGAUGAACGGGCUGCGGCUCGGCUCCUACGCUCAGAUGCAGGCCGCGGGGGUCACUGACGGACCCUGCUGGAGUCUGAUGGCCGGAGCUGCAGCUGGAGCACUGGGGGCCUUCAUCGCAUCUCCUGCAUAUCUGGUGAAGACGCACCUGCAGGCGCAGACGGUGGCGGCCAUCGCUGUAGGACACCAGCACAACCAUGAGAGCUUGUCAAGUGCGCUGCUCUCCAUCUACCGGCGUGAGGGUGUGUGUGGUCUGUGGCGCGGGGUCAACGGGGCCGUGCCGAGGGUCAUGGUGGGGUCAGCGGCUCAACUGGCCACCUUCAGCUCCGCCAAAGACUGGAUCAUACAAACACAGUGGUUCAGUCCGCUCAGCUCCCUCAACACUCUCUGUGCUGCUGUGAUGAGCGGUGUGGCCGUGAGUGUCACCAUGACACCGUUUGACGUCAUCAGCACACGACUCUACAACCAGCCCGUGGACCAGUUUAAACAGGGCCGCCUCUACUGUGGGUUCGUGGACUGUCUGCUGAAGGUGUGUGCGGCUGAAGGUGUCGGGGGUCUCUAUAAGGGCAUGACGCCGGUGUUUGUGCGUCUGGCUCCACACACCACUCUCAGCAUGCUGCUGUGGGACGUCCUGCGACAGCGAGCGCUGCCAUACACACACUGAUCUACCCACAAUGCACCUGGAGGGUUCUCAAGAGGAUGAUGGGAAGGAGAGUUGUCCCCCACAGCGUGUGUUCUGUCCUCUGACUCUACACACUCUUUCUGUUUGAUCAUGUGUGUGUGACUGCAGUGUGUUUACCGUUAGAGAAGACCACCGCCGGUCUUUACACUGCUCAGUAGCUCUGCUGUGAUGAAGGCCAGGUAACCCUCGUUAUGCCUUCAAGUGUGUGUGAAACUGAACGAAUGCGAUACAGUUUACACCUUUACCUGUGAUUCUGCUCCUCAUCUAUCGGUGUGCGUGUGUGUGUGUGUGUGUGUGUGUGUGUGUGUGUGUGCGUGCGUGCGUGCGUGCGUGCGUGCGUGCGUGCGUGCGUGCGUGCGUGCGUGCGUGCGUGCGUGCGUGUGUGUGUGUGCGUGUGUGUGUGUGUGUGUGUGUGUGUGUGUGUGUGUGUUUGAUUCUAUUGUAGAUGUAACUGGACUCUCCAUCAGUGCAGCGGUAGUUCUGAAUCCUGUUUGAGUGUUUUAAUUCACACCUGAGUGUGUCACCAUAUUGAGUGCAUCUGCUCAUGUUCACUCAUUUAAUAAAGCUCAGAUCAUUCAGUCA